GACAACCGGGAAGGAGAAAUAACAGGAGGCGCAGUUACUGAUAUAGCCAAGGUGGGACACUACUGGAGGGAGCUAGAAGGGAUCAGCCAGCCAUGCCUCCAGUUCAGGUACUUGGCAUUGCUAAGCUCAGAACAGGACUUGCCAGUGUCUAAAUGAAAAAGAGGAGAGAUCUCAAGAGGGAUAACCAAUUGGCUGGCAAAGUAACAAAUGAAAAGUAACCUGACUCUAUUGACCUGCUUAACCCUGCAUGGGGGGGAAGGAUGGAAAGGAGCAGCUGUUUGCUUUGAAACAGUGGAACAGGUAUGGAACAGCAGCUUUUGCUCUUGCCUUCUUUUAUUUCUUUGCACAUCUAUUUCCAGACCAGUUGAAAACAGCAAGUUGUUCCUGUUUGCGGACACAGAAUCGGGGUUCCGGGUUCCAGGAACAGUUUUGCAGCCUUAGAAAAUGGCAUGUAACAUACCUAACCAAAGACAGCGGACUCUGUCAACAACAGGAGAAGCUCUAUACGAAAUUCUUGGUCUGCAUAAGGGAGCAUCAAAUGAAGAAAUUAAGAAAACCUACAGAAAAUUGGCCCUGAAACACCAUCCAGACAAGAAUCCAGAUGAUCCAGCUGCUACUGAGAAGUUUAAAGAAAUCAACAACGCCCACGCAAUACUUACCGACAUUUCAAAGAGAAGCAUAUACGACAAGUACGGAUCGCUGGGACUCUACGUGGCCGAGCAGUUUGGAGACGAAAACGUUAACACCUACUUCGUGCUGUCGAGCUGGUGGGCAAAGGCCCUGUUUGUCAUCGUUGGCCUCUUGACGGGCUGCUAUUUUUGCUGCUGCCUGUGCUGCUGCUGCAACUGCUGCUGUGGACAUUGCCGGCCCGAGUCAUCAGUGCCAGAAGAGGACUUCUAUGUGUCCCCAGAGGAUCUGGAGGAGCAGAUCAAGUCUGACAUGGAAAAAGGUGGGGUAGGAUGAGAGCAGAGGUGAUGUGGACUUUCCAGUUUUUCUCCAGCCUACAAAUGCAAAUGAGAAAACACAGCUAAUCAAAGAAGGAUCUCGAAGUUAUUGCACAGACUCUUGAUACUGAGCCCUCAGAGAGUCCACAGUCACUCCUCUCAGUUCAGUCUUGUCUCCAGAUGGUUGUAGGGGAGCGUGUGGGGCAUAAAGUGCUGUGAACUUUUC